CUUCCUCCAAACAACACAGACCAAACAGAAGUUCCUCCAACCGCAGGAGUGUCGCUGGACUCCCUGAAGCCAAAACGCCCACGGGGGAGUUUCCAAACACACCGGCCCGCAGUUCAUCCUUCAGGGCCAACAGCAAGGGCCCUGCCACACCAAAACGGGUGAGGUCUAACAGGAGUCGCGCCCAGUCGCCCUGUUCACCUGGCCAGUACCCGCCCUCCCCGCUCCGGCAGAGGGCCGCCCCACCCGGCACUGACGACAGGGGUCACAAUGAGGUCAAAGGUCACAGCACCAUGGAGAAGAAAUUAAACAAAUCUGAGAACUCGGAGAAAAAGAUCCCGAAAUCCACCAGCAAAGAGCUGAACGCAGAGUCUCCGGGCACGCCCACAGGUAGGAGCGUUGGUGGGACGACUGACGCCGAGGAGGCGUCCAGACUGCUGGCAGAGAGACGACGUCUGGCCCGAAUUCAGAAGGAGCAGGAGGAGAAACAACGGCAGGAAGAGGAGAGACUGAGGGCUGAGGAGGAGCAGAGGAGGCAGCAAGAGGCGAAAGAGAGACAAGAGAGAGCUGCACUGCAGGCCGAGGAGGAGAAAGUGAGGUGGGAGGAGGAGAGGAGGAACAGGGAGGACGAGGAGAGACGGCAGAAGGAGCAGAGAUGGAAGGACAUGCAGGACCAGCUGGACAGAGAGAGGGAGGAGGCCUUCCUGCGAGCCCAGAGAGAGGCCGAGAGGAAGAGACAGGAACGAGAGCUGCUGCACAUCCAGGAGGAGCAGGAGAGACUGCAGAGGAAGAAGAGAAUUGAGGAGAUUAUGAAAAGAACUAGGAAGAGUGAAGUGGAGCCUCUGUCUGGUGCUGCAGUGUCUGACAUGCGGGCAGAGGCUGCAGUCCCCUUGGAGGAGGACGCCCCAACUCCGGCUGAAGCCCCCGUCAUCACUCUUGGACCCCUGGAGAAUAAGAGCUGUGUGGACGAGCUCUCUGACGGAGUCCAGUCCAUGGACGUCAGUCCAGUGUCUAGGGAGGAGCAGGCGAGCGCUCAGGAGUUUUCACCGGUCACAGAAGGGACAGACGGCUGUCCCUUGGAGCACCUGAUGGACCUCGACAGCCACGGGCGAGGACAGCGUCAGGGUGCAGAAACGCCCCCCUACCCCAAGCUGCAGGCCGGCAGCGGGGUCGGAGACCUUAACAAGAACCUGCUGAUUCAGGCGUACAGCGCGGCCUCUGAAUCCUCCCAGCUCAUCCACAGCGUCGGCCCGAGCAAACUGGACGUCAAGUAGCCAGGAACUUUUGCAGGAGCUGGCAGGUUCGGUAGGAACAGGAGCCCGGAGAAACAGACCAAGAGACCAUGACCUCCGUCUGCAACAACACCAAUCAUAAUUUCCACGAGGAACAAAUACUGAACAACUCAUCUCACAUCUGUAUUACCAAAACACACAAACUCGUAACAGUAAAGCUUCUGGCCACACUUUGAGGCAGUGCAGAUGGGCAAUUUUGACUCUAAGAAACACGACUCGCAAAUAAUCUGAAGUGGAUUUAUGACAUGGUUAUGUGACAGAAGGAAGUGGGAUCAGCAUUCUUGCAUGUUUGAAAUAUAAAAAAGAUUCGGAAAGUAAAACGACUGUAAACUCAUGGUUUGGUUUAUUUAUCUGAAACUAAGGCUUGCUGAAAACUUUGUUCACGUUAUAAAACUUACUGUAUAGGCACGAGUUGCAGGUGGAACUAGUUCAGGGUCAAUGUCAACCCAAAUCCGCACACACCGACCGGCCUUUUCAUUUACACAUUACAUAUUUUUAGCAUUCAAGACAUCUCCAAAAAUUCCCAGACAUAUACUGCAUCUUUUUAUGUCCCUUUUUUCUUAACAAAUCUCUGAAAUCCGUACAUCUUCUCUACACCUGUUCCUGUUAAAGCCAGUGUUGCCCAGCUGCGCUGCCACAAAAUAUCACUCGAGUAUCACCCGCUUUAAUCUCUCAUCCCUGCUUUUGUAAAACUCUGUAAAUAGAUCUGACUGGGUGGAGGAGUCUGUCAUCGUAGGGGUCAGGGAGCGGCUCUGUAGCAGUUCACCUGCCGUAAAACAGACACUGUUGUGAAUCCUGUGUAGCAUCUUCAGUGAGGAAUAGCUAGUUGAGCUGUGUAUGGUUGUAGCUGUGUACUUUAACAGUGUGUGAGAGUUUCUCUCUUUCUGUCAGUGUUUCUGAUGGUUCCCGUCUGUUUAUCUCACCUCUGACCUGCUCUACUGCUGACAGCGACUCCUACUUCUAUAAAUCCUAGUCUGCUGUAGAUUCCCCUGACGCUGGAGAAAACCAUCAACAACUGAUACUAUAACUCUGCUGUUGACCCAUAACACACAGCGUCUAGCUUUGGUUUUUCUGCUGCUCGUCACUUGAUUGGUGGACGUUUUGUGGAGGCGCAACAAUCCGCAGCGAGGCCAUGAAGAAAACCUGGGGAGGAAAUAAAUAUGUCAAAUGUCCUGUAUUUUUAUCUGCAAGUCAGGAAAAUAUUGACACAGUGUGUGUAUUGUAUUUGUCUGGCACUGACUGUAACCACGCUAGCUGCAGUUUAUAAUGUGCACUCACAGUAGUUGUGUGUUUCACUGCUCUGAAGACGCUUGUAUCUCCACCUCCGCUCAUCCCCCCAACUAAAAUAUACCUCACCAAUUCAGAACAGACUCUGGUGUUAAACAGCGCUCACCACCUCACAGCUCAUCACCUCUGAGGCCUUAAACCUCUGUGCAGUCAACAUCUUCCCCUUAAAACAACCGGUCCUCUGUGCUUUGCCCUCAGGCUGUGUUUCAUCCAGCAUGCGCACUUUAACUGUUCAAAGGCCCUUUUUCCUCUAAAGAAAUCCUGGAAGUAGAGAAACAAGGACUACAUAUUUCUUGAGCUGCACCAGAUUAGACCGAUCAGACAGAAGUGAUGGAAAAAUGGCAAUUAUGUAAAUGCAAGAUUGAUUUGUCAGCAGGGCAAAGUAUACAACUAACCCAGUGGCCAGUGUAUUUAUUUCAUUAUAUUAAUUUAUAGAUUUGAUCUCCGUCAUCAUGUCUGGUGCCAGGUAUGUCAUUCGGGUUAAGAAUACCAAAUUCCUUAAAUUUUUUGACCAGCCAUCAACCAAACUCUGUAGAAAUUUAAGUAAAAUCACAUUAUAUUCUAUCUAUUGAAAUAUUCUUCAGUACAGUAUCUCCUUUCAAUGUUUUUUCAGUGUCAUUUGUGUUUUUUGCCUAAAAAUUGUCACAUGUGCAACAAAACCCAAAUAUUUCAGAUUAUACAAGGAACAUCACAGUCUGUUAUAUCAUUUCAACCAUUCAGUUAUAUCUUUUCUCAGUUUUAUCUCCCUACAUUAUGUUCUGGUGCCAAGUAUGUCAUUCAGGUAAAAAAUUUAAAUUCACUUUAUGUCAAUUCUUCUGAAACUGUCUAAAAAUAUCUGAAUCAGCCUUAAGAAAUACAGCGUGUAUUAUGUUUGUAAUCGUAGAAUGUAACUCGUCUUUAUGCCAUUUAUCAACCUUCCAAAUGUCCAGAUAUAAUACUGAGGACCUGACCUCAGCGUCCUCAACACCUCCUUUAUUUACGUGUAUAUUGAGCUCAGUUGAUGCAUAUUCCUAUAUGAAUCUGUUUAACUUGUGUACGACAGCAAAUUUAGAUUCAGGUGCAAAGAGAAAAACCUUCUUACUGGGGAAAAGCGCCUCUACUGCUCCUCCAAGGUGCCACUGUUAGGGGGAAAAGUGUUUAACCGUUG